CGCUGUUAAACAAUAUUAUAAGUAUUGGUUCUACGUUUUUUAUUCUGGAUAAUAUUAUCGUGUUGUGUUCCCGAAGUUUGCUCAGAGUAAAAAAUAGUUUAAUGGUUGUCAAAACGAUGUUGCUGAUGUUUUAAAGUUCCAAGUUUUUAAGUGAUCGUCUAAGAACGCCAUCGACCCGGCCCGAACUUUUUUCCUGUACGCGUCGAAUAAUAAUAUUGACGCCAAGCACUAUCGAGAAUUUCGAUAAUCGUCGCAUCCGGUCGAUUGUGUACAUAACUACAGACUUCCCACAAGCCGUCUUGUACUCGCAUGUUGCUACAUGUCAUGGCAGGCUCGUUGUUUUGUGUCCGCUCAAUGCCCAAUGGUCAUUCGCUAGUAGUUACUCGUCGUGCACUGUGCUAACUACGUCACUUUGUUUCAGCUUGGACCGCGUCAUAACAUUGUUAUCGAAUGCGUCGAACGUUCUAACUCACUUUCUGACACUGUUUUCGCGUCCAGUGAAACUGUAUUCAUUGCAAACAGUUUCCACUGCGGUUUUGGUUGUUGGAGGGUUUUUCACGAUAUGGUCCACACAGUGAAAAGACAAGUGAACGAUAUGAAUACUAAUAAUGAUUUGAACGAUGAUCAAGAUGCCACCUGGGGGGGCAAAAGGACGAGAUACAUAUAUAAUUAUACUAUGCAAUGCCCUGAAGAUUUGAUUUCCAACACAGAAGAUGAUUCAGAUGUCACGGAAAGUGUACAUAGUGUUCAAUCAAAAACUACAAUGGAAGCAAUAAGCGAAGCAGAUCUUUCGUCAGUUAAGAGUUGUGGAAGCGACUGCGAUUGCAAUGGUCGAACUAAUUACACGGAAUUUGAUGUGGUCAGCACAUCUUCUUCGUGCCAUAAUAUAGAGUCAAAUUCUUCAGAUUCCUCAACGUUGAUAGAUUUUAAGGUGACCAAUAAUAUUAUAAAUUGUGAUGAUACUUUACAAGAUAAUGGAUAUAAUCCUGAUUGUAUUGACACUGAUGGAAGAGUAACUCCAAAAACAGAAUUACCACCUCCCGCCUGUUUCAAAACAUGCUUACAAUGCAGGAAAGAAAACCCCAAUCCCUACUUCCAAUACUGUUUUGUUUGUUUUCGAUAUAGAAUGGAAUUUUUUGGGAGUAAACCUCGGCCCAAGACAAAAAAUGUCAAACGUUUAAACAUGUCCAAGCCAAAAAAAGAAUACAACAUACUUGAAGAUUCUCAGAAAUCCAGUCCAUCAAAUUCUCAACCGGGUGUUUCCACUCGAAUUGAAAAUAGUAAUAACAUAUGUAACAUAUGUUACAUUAUGCCUAAAAAUGGUGUGUUUAAUCAUGGGAAAAUUGGUCAUAUAUACUGCUGCUACGUAUGCGCAAAAAAAAUGUGGAAAAAAUCCAAUAAAUGUCCCUUAUGUAAUGUAAGAAUUAAAUUUGUGACAAAAAUGAUUGUUGUAUAGUAAUUAUCAUUGAUUUAUUUAUUUUUUUAAAUUUUAUAGUACAUUUCUAGCAUAAUUUUAUUAUUGUAUAUCUUUCUAAUUUAUUGAUUAUUGUUUAUUAUCGUCAUAUAUAUCUAAAGUUUAUUGUUGUUUAUUAUUGUUUACUAUUUCUGAUUAUAAUUAUAUUUUAUUAUUGUAGUAUAUAGUAAAAUAUAAGAGUAAUCUCAGGCAGUGGCAAUAGGUUAAACUGAUUUAUCAAUUGGUGUAGUUUGACUUUACCUCAAAAAUUUGAUUGCCGCCUAAGGUUAUUCUUAUAUGAAAAAGAGUAUAGUAAGCUAGUUUAUUGUUUAGUUUUUUUGUUUUUUUUUUUUUGUAAAUAAUUGUGGUGAUAUUUAUACUAAUUUUUAUAAGUGUGUUUUUUUUUUAGAUUUGCACAUUAACUGUAUUUGAUAUAUUAAGAUUUUACUCAUACUACUUAGUAAUUUAACAAUAAUUGAUACAACUAUUAGAAUUCAUAAUAAUUAAUAUUAAAUGUACUGUCACCUAUUUGAAUUGAGAACUUGUUUUAAACUGAAUACAACAAUUAGUCCAGAAAAUAAGUAUAAGUUUCAUAAAACCAAAAGCUGCUAACUAAGAAACAGUAAGGUCUUUAACUACCAUCCUGUAAUAAUUAAUAAAAGUAUUUUGAUACUUACCCGAGCUCCAGCAUUGCUUGCAUGAUUUUGGGUUUUAUUGAUAUUGUAAUAAUUAAAUAACUGAGCAUACAAGAUGUACUUUAAACUUCAAUUACUUCAUUCAUAUCAUAUAUUUAUGUUUGUUCGCUUGAAACGGUUUUCCUGAUGGGUUUCACUCGUUAGUGUGAUCCUAAAGUUGAGGUAUUUGUAAGCACUGGAGUAUUGAUAUGAUUAAUUUCACAACUUUGUUCUUUGUUUAUGUUUUAAUAUUGUUAAUUAUGAUAGUACAGUAUACUAGCUAUGUAUAUCAUGUGUUA